AGAAAGGCCUCACCAGCAAAAUAGGGAAUAUUCCAAACUGCUAAUAAGAAACAUUUGUACAUGCAUACAUGCAUCACAAUUAUGCUGAUAUGUGUUUUUCAGAGCUACAAGAACAUCAAAGACAGGUAUGGAGACACUCACCUCAUUUCCAUGUCUAAGUCACUACUUUCCCUCAGCUUGACUGACUCCUGCCUGUCGUUACAGAGCCCAGUGCACACUGCAGGACCCAGAGCUGCUCUCAGGGGCACUGAUAGAUGUGGCCAAACACCUGGGCAACCUGACGUUCAGAGUCUGGGAGAAGAUGCUGGGGAUGGUGCAGUACACUCCUGUGAUGCUGGACCCCAACACUGCACGUGCCCAUCUCUCUCUCUCUGAUGAUCUGACCACUGUGAGACUCACAGAUACAGCGCAGGACUGUCCUGACAACCCAGAGAGGUUUAAGCCCGGUGUGGCUGUGCUGGGAUCUGAGGGGUUUGCCUCAGGGAAGCACAGCUGGGAGGUGAAGGUUGGGAGUAAAACUGCCUGGGAUGUAGGAGUGGUGAAAGAGUCCAUCAUUAGGAAGGGAAGAAUAACACUCAACACAGAGAAAGGAUUCUGGGUCUUUUCCCUGAGGAAUGGUGAUCAGUACAGAGCAGGAGGUACUGUGCUCACACUGGAGAGGAAACCCCAGAGCAUCAGAGUGCAGCUGGACUAUGACAGGGGGGAGGUGUCCUUCUUUGACUCCAGUGACAUGGCCCACAUUCACACUUUGGAAGACACGUUUACUGAGAGACUGUUCCCAUACUUCUCUCCUCAUGUGAAAGAUGAUGGUAGGAAUGACGCCCCCCUGCAAAUAUGCCCAGCAAAGGUUUCUGUAACAGUGACUGAUACUGAUCAUCCCAGUGAAGAUGUUUGAUAAAAAUAAAUUAAGAAACGCAAGAUGUUGUACUUGUCAGGAAUUUGGGUUGUUUCUAAUCCGCCUUAGCAUGCCGGGUUGUUGAUAUGAACUGAGGUAGAGCUGCUGGAAAUGAGAUAAAGGAGGGGUUUCCCAUGGCCUAUCAGAACCCAAUGGGAGGCAGUACACAGACACACACAGUCUCUCUCUCAAACUCACUCACACACAGACACACACACACACACAAUGACCAUUUGGUUCCUGUAAUCAGCCUCAGUGUGCAUGGAUGUUGAUUUGGGGUGGUCAGAAGGCAGCAGACAUGCAUACAGAGACAAUGAUCAUUUGUCAAUGAUUCCCUGCCACAUUAUUGCUACAUUUCAUUCUGGGGAAGGGCUAUAAAGCUGGGGCUUGAACACUGCAUUGUAAUUUACCUGCCUGGCUUUUACCUGCUAUGUUUCCUGCUGUAAAGGAGACUACUUUCACAUGUUAAUAUACAUUGUUAUUGAUGUAAACUUUGGAACUAAGACUUUACUUUAAAAAGUGUUUUCAAGCCACUGUUGCUCUUGUGGGGGUUUUGGCCAAGCUUUUCUGUGAAGUGUAUUGUGAAAAACAUUUGUAAAAUGCAACAAAACAAACAAGUUGAUUUCAUAGUAUUCUUGUUCAUCAAUGAAUGUUACAGAAUCUAAAUAGCAAAAAACUCCAGUUAAUAAAAACAGAAUUAUUUCAAAGAA